CUCUGAAGCCGCUGCUUCACUUUCUCCCCCGCUGCAUCCCGAUCAUUUCCCUUCACCUUUACCGCCUCUCUGCUGCAGGGAAGCAGGCAGGAGAGCUGAGAGUCCGAGACACGCUGCCAGACAAAAUAACAGGAUUUCUGAAGCCUGUCACGACUACGUGCGCCACCGGGCACACUUCUUUUGAAAAAAAUAUUUUUGCUCCUCUUCUAAACAAUGCCAUAUCGGAGACUGAAGUCCGUGGGAAAUCUACAAAGUUGUUAGAAGCUAGAGCUUCUCACCUUGUCUCUACAUUAGAUUUCACUUUCCCUGUUUUUUUUUUUUCCCCUGACUUCAUCCAAAUUCUCUGCGUUACGUGCCAUCGCCACAGCUUCCUCCAGGUGAAGGAUGGAUCUCUCUCCGGCAGUUCUCUCCAACUCGGACCCAAUGUAAGGACCAGGACACGCGGAUCGGUACCUGUGGAGGAUCCAGCCGCACUUUUCUCUGUUACCUCUCGGCGAGAAGUACCUCCAAUACAGCCGGUGAUAGAUGUUUCUGCAGACAUGAGUUUUGGAAACAGAUUUUUCCUCGUUUCACUCUGUCUUGGAAUUGUCCUCACGCGCUUCAGCCGUGGCAAUCAAGUUGUGCUGCUGGAUACAACGUCUGUACUUGGAGAGCUGGGGUGGAAGACUUAUCCUAUAAAUGGGUGGGAUGCCAUCACGGAAAUGGACGAACACAAUCGGCCCAUCCAUACUUUCCAGGUCUGCAACGUGAUGGAGCCCAACCAAAACAACUGGCUUCGCUCAAACUGGAUCUCUCGACAGGCCGCCCAGAAGAUCUACGUGGAGCUCCGCUUCACUCUACGAGACUGUAACUCCAUCCCUUGGGUGUCCGGCACCUGCAAGGAGACCUUUAACCUCUUUUACCACGAGACCGACGAGGCUCAUGGUGUCAAAUUCAAGCCUGCUCAGUACACAAAGAUCGACACCAUUGCUGCAGAUGAGAGCUUUACUCAGAUGGAUCUUGGAGAUCGGAUCCUUAAGCUCAACACUGAGGUGCGGGAGGUCGGGCCCAUGACCAGGAAGGGCUUCUAUUUGGCUUUCCAGGACAUCGGUGCCUGCAUUGCCUUGGUUUCAGUAAGGGUUUAUUAUAAGAAAUGUCCAUUCACAUUGAGGAACCUAGCCUCAUUUCCAGACACAGUUCCUCGUGUGGACUCGUCCUCAUUGGUGGAGGUGAGGGGUGCGUGUAUUGACCAUGCUGAAGAACGGGACACGCCCAAACUGUUCUGUGGAGCUGAUGGAGACUGGUUGGUUCCCUUGGGAAGAUGCGUCUGCAGCGUUGGGUAUGAGGAGAUUGAUGGAUCCUGCAGUGCAUGCCAUCCUGGCUUCUACAAGGCAUAUGCUGGAAAUACCAAGUGCUCAAAGUGCCCUCCGCACAGUUUCAGCUAUGGAGAGGGAGCUUCCAUCUGUCGCUGUGAGAAGGGCUUCUUCAGGGCUGAGAAAGAUCCUCCAACCAUGGCUUGUACACGCCCUCCAUCUCCUCCCCGUAACGUGAUGUUUAACCUGAAUGACACCUGUCUGAUGCUGGAAUGGUCCCCUCCCAGUGACACAGGUGGUCGCAGGGAUCUCACCUACAACGUCCUGUGCAGACGCUGCGGCCCAGAGCCAGGCCAGUGCCAGCUCUGUGAGGAGGAUCUUCGCUUCCUACCAAGGCCGUUGGGUCUGACCAACGCUACUGUUACUGUCACGGACUUCUCAGCAAACGCCAACUACACCUUUGAAAUUGAGUCCCUCAACGGUGUUUCAGACAUGAGCUCCUUUCCUCCCCAAGUAGCCGCCAUCACCGUCAGCACUGAUCAGGGUGGACCAUCUCUGGUUGGGGCUCUGAAGAAGGACUGGGCUUCUCCUAACAGCAUCGCUCUGUCUUGGCAGCAGCCAGAACAAACAACGCUUCCCAUCCUCGACUAUGAGAUCAAAUAUUAUGAAAAGGAGCAUGAGCAGCUGAGCUACUCAUCUACGCGCACCAGGGCUCCCAGUGUAAUCAUCUCAGGUUUAAAACCAGCAACCUGGUACGUCUUCAGUGUUCGCACCCGCACGUCAGCUGGAUACAGUUCCUACUCCCCAAAAUAUGAAUAUGAAACCACAGGGGACUCAUCAGACAUCGCUUCAGAUCAAGGCCAGGUAUUGGUCAUCGUCACAGCGGCUGUUGGUGGAUUUACUCUCCUCGUCAUCCUCACCCUCUUCCUCCUGAUCACAGGAAGAUGUCAGUGGUACUUUAAGGCUAAGAUGACUUCAGAAGAGAAAAGGAGGACCAGUUAUCAGAAUGGACAUGUCCCCUUCCCAGGAAUAAAAACCUACGUGGACCCUGACACAUAUGAAGAUCCCACACAGGCCAUCCAUGAGUUUACCAAAGAGAUUGACCCAUCCCGGAUUCGCAUUGAGAGGGUGAUAGGAGCAGGGGAGUUUGGUGAGGUGUGCAGCGGACGCCUGAGAACCCCAGGAAAGAAGGAGAUUGCCGUGGCAAUAAAGACACUGAAAGGAGGCUACGUGGAACGUCAGAGGCGAGACUUCCUGCGUGAGGCAUCAAUCAUGGGCCAGUUUGAUCACCCUAACAUCAUCAGGCUGGAGGGUGUGGUCACAAAAAGCAGGCCUGUGAUGAUUGUGGUGGAGUACAUGGAGAAUGGAUCGCUGGACUCAUUCCUGAGGCAACACGAUGGCCACUUUACUGUCAUCCAGUUGGUCGGCAUGUUGCGUGGAAUUGCUGCAGGAAUGAAGUAUCUAUCAGACAUGGGCUACGUUCACAGAGACCUGGCAGCUCGGAACAUCCUGGUCAACAGCAACCUGGUGUGUAAAGUCUCAGACUUCGGCUUGUCGAGAGUCCUAGAGGAUGACCCAGAGGCUGCUUACACCACAACGGGUGGAAAGAUCCCCAUCCGAUGGACUGCUCCUGAGGCCAUCUCAUACAGGAAAUUCUCCUCAGCUAGUGACGCGUGGAGUUAUGGCAUCGUUAUGUGGGAAGUGAUGUCAUAUGGGGAGCGGCCAUAUUGGGAAAUGUCUAAUCAAGAUGUGAUUCUGUCCAUUGAAGAGGGCUACAGGCUGCCUGCACCCAUGGGCUGCCCAGUCGCGUUGCACCAGCUGAUGCUGCACUGCUGGCAGAAGGAGAGAAGUCAUCGGCCAAAAUUCACUGAUGUUGUUUCCUUCUUGGAUAAACUGAUCCGUAACCCUAGCAGCCUGCUACCCCUGGUAGAAGACAUUCAGAGUUUACCAGAGUCUCCGGGGGAAGAAAUGGACUACCCAAUGUUCAUCUCCAUCGGCGACUGGCUAGACUCCAUUAAGAUGAGCCAGUACAAGAGCAAUUUUAUGGCUGCAGGCUACAACACAAUAGAUUCUGUUGCAAGGAUGAGUAUUGAAGAUGUGAGGAGUAUUGGUGUGGAGCUGAUCGGCCACCAGAGGCGGAUCAUCAGCAGCGUACAGACCCUCCGGCUUCAGCUACUGCACGAACAGGAGAAGGGUUUCCAUGUAUGAGGACACCCUUCAACACAGCCUGGGACGGACAGAUAGACGGAGCAGACGGAAGUGAAGUCUAGACCUUUGGACGGACUAGUGUCCAGCCUGUGCCUGUGUCUGAACUCCUCAUGCAAGAGGUCAUCAGACAGACUACCACAGCAGACUGCCCCCUUGGUCUUCCUCAUAUCCAGUAGUGACUGACUUUUUCGUACUAUACACCCCUUAACCAGAGAACCUGGUCCUGCCAGACUAUUACAGACUGAAAAGACUGGCCAAGGCCCUUACUUAGGGGGAAUGUAAUGCCUUGUUGCAGCAGCAGUACUUUGUGUAAGAAGCAACAAUAUCUAGAGGUGUAGAUUUGCAAACAUAAUCUACUAAAUCUUUUGACUCUUUUGUUUUUUGCUCUGAGUUAUGUGCUCAUGUAGCUGCUAUCGGGUGUGCAAUCGAAAAGGUUGAUAAAAGUAUCCUGGAUACUGUUUAUUUUAUGAGUUUUAUAAUUAAUCAUGAAGAAAUUAUUUGCAUUGCUUUAGUUUACACUCUCCAGAGAAUCUGGUAUGCUAAUACUUGAAGGAAGACGUGAGAAGUAAGUAAUGGAGCUUUUCUGAAUGUUUAAAAGUGUAUAGACAAGUAAUCGCUAAUUAUUAUCAUUAACAAAUAUCUAUAUAUGUGCAGUCCUGUAUGUGAAAGCCCUAGUAAAUUGGAUCUUAUUUACAACAGUUUAUUUAUAUAAGAGUUCUAUCCAAAAUCAGCAAUACAGAGUAAUGCAGUCACCUCAGUGUUUCAGACGGACAUAGAGAAGAGGGGUCGUGCAAUGGCAGAGCUUGACAUAGUCAGAAAUGCAGUUAUUAUCCUCCUAAAGUUACAGAGCUGGAUCUGUUGCCUUCAGAUGAAUAACCAUACAAGUCUGUUCUGACAGUUUUUAGCAACCAGAAUACUCACAGUUGUUUGAUAAGCCUGUUUUUUGGAUUGUGAAUGUUAAACAUUGCCUGAAAGUACACAAUCUCCACUGUCUUAACAAAUGAAUGUUCACAGAGCUUAGAUUUAAAUAGGAGAUGUCUGAAAUUGUCUGAAAACUUAACAAGGACUGAUAUGGUUUUUCAGGAUUAGCUGUUUUUUUUUCUUUUUCAUUUAUUGUUUUGCCUGUACACACAUUUAUAAAGAUGGUGGUUUGCACUUCUAGGACAAAGUGAUCCAAGAUGUCAGAGCAGAAUAACUACUUCCUACUGGACAUAUUUCACAAAGCAGUUUUACUCUGGUCUGUUCAUACAUUGCAGUCAUGUAAAAGUUGUGGUAAAGUCUGGGAAAGAAGUGUAUAUAAAGGUAGUGUGAAAUGAUUAUGGAUCUUCAGUAUAUGAUGUCAGAUGUUAGCCAUUGAAAUCAACUUUUUUUCUAAUUCUGUAAGUCAGUGCUGGAUAGGCAGGGCUGCAAAAUAUAAGUCAUUUGUUGAGUUUGGGGCAGAAAAAGUAGCUUAUAUAUGGGUAAUGGAAAGCAGGGAUCUGUCAAUGGGUGUUGUUGUGUGAUUAGGUCAAAGAGGCAGACAGAAUCUGAACAUCCACAUAAACAACAGCAUCAUAACUCAUGUUAUUCUAGCAUCAGGCACACACACACUGACAUACAUAAAAGAAUGCCUUACAGUCCUUUAACCAUGAUGAAACUCACUUUAGAAUGGUUCAUAAUAUCUAGACAGGACCUAACCAUUACAUUGACUUUUUUUUUAAAUUUAGUUCAUUAAAUCCACCCCCCUUAUCAGUUGCUUUUUACAUUUUUUAAACAACCUGUUGCUAAAUGAUUAUUGUCCAAGGCAAAGUGGAUCUAAAGAUCUGUGCCUUUUGGUCACAAUGUAGUUAUGCAGCCGAGCCUUCAGGAGUAAAAACACAACCCUAUACAUAUGCACACCAACACUCACAGUCUUUACCCCUCUACAGAAUAUGGAAAAUAUCAGAUGCUGUUUGUUUAGCAUGUUCUACUGCUGAGCAAUGUUAGAACGUUCUUUUGUACAAAGUACAAGUAUACUUAUAAUUCUUGUAUUUUAUUUUUCUAUUAUUUCCAAAGAGAUGUUGUAGAUCUUGCACACUGUAAGAGGCAGUUAACGCGAAUAUUUAUUUGCA